AUGUCUGACGUACCAAUAGACCCCCCGCAGAAGCCUCAAUUGACCGAAGCGGAAAAGCGUCAGUUGUUAAGAGAGAGAAGACAGGCGAAGAUGGUCCAGGGUAAAGCCACUGACCGGCUCAACAAUAUCUUGAACCAAGGGACAUCAGUCAAGGCGUCAUCGAUAACUUCAAUUCUUGACCAGCCUCAAAGCAGCAGCACGACGACGGACCCAUCGACCGAAUCGUCGUCAACUGAGACACCAUCGAAUCACGACGAUGACCCCGACCAUCAAGAUAUAGCUGAAGUUUACCCCAGUGAUCAGAGCCAGUAUCCGCCACCUCAGCCAUCUGCUGCCACGGAAGGUGCCCCACCGAACCUCGAUGAGAUGUUUAAAAAAAUAGUGCAGCAGCAAGUGAGCGGAUCAAGCAGUGACGGAGCAGAUGACGAUAACCCCAUGAAUGAGAUAUUAAAGAUGUUCAACAUUGCCGGAGACGAAUCCUCAAUCGGCGGAGGUUCGCCUUCGCCUCCCGAUACGUCGUAUCAACAGGACCCCGAGAUGGCGAAAUACCAACAGGAUCUCGCGCGUUACCAAACCUACCAAGAGAAGUUGUGGCGGUUUAGGUUUCUUGUCGUGAGAGUCAUUGCCACCUGCGCCAACUUCUUUUACCAUUUUUACCAUAUCCCGUCAUUUAUGGCCUCAAACUACUCGUAUGUGCGCGAGCUACAUGAAGUUUACCCAUUGAACGGAUUCAUUACUUGGUUCAUGUCGAUUGAAGUCGUCAUCAUUGCCACUUACUACUUGGUCUUUACCCAACUCGGCCUUUUCCAUGCUUCGAGCCAAAAGAGUAUUGUGAUGAAGGCCAUUAGCGGCUUGUCGAUGUUUGCACCGCAAUUGCGCACUUACCAGCCUUUGAUUGGCAGGCUAUUGGGCUACAAGGAGUUGAUUGGAAUUCUCGUGGGAGAUUUAUCGUUGGUGAUUUUCUUGUUUGGGCUACUCAGUUUUUUGAACUAA